AUGAAUCAAUCAGGAUUUAUUCAACAAGUUUGUAAAUAUGGUCAUGAAUCUGAUUCAAGUAAUUGUAAUCGUUGUUCUCAUCCAACAUCAAUUUUAGUAAUUCACUUAUUCAAGACUACAACAACAAGUCGAAAACGGUCUUCAUAUUAUUACAACUGUGUUGGUAUACAAGUAGUUGAUUCUAAUUAUCCAUUAGUUAAUGGUAAUAUUAUUCAUAUGAUAUUACAUUUUUAUUUACAACGCUCUGAAACUCGUGAUGUUCGUCAUCAAAUCUUAGCUAAACAAUUUGUAAUAGAUAUACAAGCAUCAAUAACUGCUACAUAUCUUGUUGUAAAUCAAAGUCAACAUUUAAAUUAUGCUCAAAUUCAACGAUCAUUAAACUUAGUACAAUUUAUUUAUUAUCAAAUUGCAAAUAUUUUUUAUUAA